UGAUUGGACAGUCGGAAAACAUGUUUGUGCACGUCAAAAUUGGACAAGAACCCCCUUCUUUAAACUGGUUUCAGUAGUUACUAGUGUCUGAAGAAAGACACAAAAUAGCUUAGUGAUAUUCGGUUGGAAAGUAAAAGUCAGUACAGAAUCGGUUAAGGAUGGGCUCUGAGAACACCUUCAGACAGCAUAUAGACUAAAGAGUGUAGAAGAAGCUUGCUGGCAACACUCUAGGAGGAUGUUGCGCUUGCUAGCCACAACCAAACCUAAGGCGGUAAAGAAUGGGUGGUGCCGGUGGUGGCAGAAAUGUCAGAGAGCUAGCUAGACUAGUUAUAUUAGUUGGUGAGGAAGUCCACUCAAACACCGUUCUCACAGAAUCGUAAGAAUUUACUGGUUGUGUUGAGUUUGGAGGGCACUUUGAUAGUGAAUUAAACAUAAUAAAAAAAUUAAAAAAAACUAAGAAGCUGAUGGACUGCAGCGAGAAAGUCCUGUGUGGGACGGGGGAGGUGGAGCUGGACCCAAACAUUGUGAGUGAGGAGGCAGGAAAACUUUAUGCAGAACUACAAACUGUUAUUGAGACCCAUGGUGAAGGUGUGGUGGAGUCCCUGGUGCCCACAUUCGUGUGGGUCCUGGAGGUGCUGGCUAACUGCAAAGCCCAGCUGAGAGAAAGAGAGGAGGAGGCAGAGAGGGAGAAAACCGAGCUAGAGGAACUGCUGGAGCGAUACCAAGCAGAGAAAGCUCUGAGGAAAGAAAGUCAGGAGAAAUAUCUGGAAUUGGAUGACCAAUUUGAACAAGAGAGGAGAGCCAUGAGGGGAAGGGAAAAGGAGAGGGAGCUGCGGGAGAAGGAUCUGGAGAAAAAAGCAAGACAACAAGCUGAUCAAUUGGUGGCUUUGGAGGAGCAAAAGGCAAAUCUGUCAAGAGAGCUGAGUACACUGAGAAAUGCUCACAACAAGUUGACUAACUCACAUCGAGAACUUCUGGAAAAAAGGAAGGACUCUGAAAGAGAUUCUCCUUUAAGGAAUCACGUGCGGCCCAGGAACGCAGGUUUCCCAUCUCAACAAGUGUUAUCCAGAUCCGGUGGUAAUGAAAAACAGAUUAUUCAGAGACCACACUCGAACUCUGGUCCACCAGUUUUGGAAGCUCUAGAAGCCAAGAAAGACAAAGUGAUUGAUCUUGCUGUAAAACCUGCUACAGAUCAGUUCGUUGCCGACAUCAUAAGCUCCACACCGGAGCUCACACAGUUUCCCAGCUGUGUAAAAGCAAGCACCCCUGAAAAAAAAAGUGAUGAGCCAUUAAAAGGUGAACUGGGCAGCAACCUGGAGGCCAAGAUGAAGAACUUGGAUGAGUUUCAGGUGGAAGAGGUGAAGGCAAAUGAGUUGGAAGAAAAGAACAGGAAGGAGGAGGAGGAAGUGGACGAGGUGGAUGAAGACGAAAGCAUGGAGUGGGACCUCCGCAACACAGACUCCGUAUUCUCCGAGCUGUCAGAACUGAGUCGAGAUUAUUUGGAUAGUGUAGACCGAGGGGCCAGCAUUAGAGGCAGUGCAGAGCAGUUUGAGGAGAUUCUUGCCCAGUUUGAGGAACUGAAAGUCCUCCAUGAGUUAGUUGAACCUGCUCGUAAGGCUCUGAUAUCUCGGGUAGUUGAGCUGACCGACGAUCGCUCUGCCCUCACUCUGGAAGUGACAACUCUUCAGGAAACUGUGGCACGUGUCGAGGGACGGCUGAAGGAGAAGGAGGAGGAAAUCAGGAGACUGCGGAGAGAACUUGAAACGUGUCAGCCUGUGGAUCCUGACGCUGGUCUGCCCGCAUCCAUGCGUCACUUCUCUCGCUCUGAAAUGGCUCGUGUUGUCAUGGAGAAGAACCAGUAUAAGCAGCGCCUGUUUGAGCUGCAGGAGGCCCUGAGACACAGUCAGACACUCAAAGCAACAAAGGUGGACAAGUUUACAGCAGACAAAUCAAGUGUUUGGAAAAAAUUCAACCGCUUGUUUGGCCUGUCCAAAGAGCCGCUGGUACCUCCUCCCACUUCUGCAUUGGUCCUGCCUGCUUCCUCAUCACUUAACCGCUCCCCUAAGGGGUCUCCAAAGCUACCAACAAUUGGGAAAACCCAGGCUGAAUCUGAUGGUCCUGCUGGUGUUUCACCACGUGCCCGGAGGAGAGAGCUCUACAGAGAAAUCCGCUCCCAUGUUUGGGGAACUCUAGGAAAGCGACAUAUACACGGGUGGAGCUUGCCACUGGCAAACACUCAGGAUUAUUCUGGUGAGCCCGUACCAGAGCCUAAAGAUGUGCCUGUCCUGGUUCAACUCAGGCUCUUAGACCAAAGGGACUCCACCGCCAAGCUCAACUGUGCUGUUGCAGUCGCACCUGAGAUCUCAGGAGAAGCCACAUGUUCUGUGUGGGUUGUUUCGGGUCCUGCUUCCUGCAGUGAAAUCACAGUGAUCGACCCAGCACGGUCCAACACAGUACUGGAUCAGUUCAGCCUCCCUCCCACAGCCCCUGCCCUCUGCAUCUGUGCUGUGCCCCCUGUAGAAAGCUCAGCAGGAACUGUGUGGAUUGGAACUCAGGAAGGAAGUAUCCUAAUACAUCAAGCCUCUGCGGGCAGGAGGCACUGUGUGCGGUCAGUAUGUCUCUCAGAGGGUGUCCAUUCACUCACGUACUCCAACAAUCAGGUUAUUGCUGGUUUAGCUGAUGGUACUCUGGCAUUUUUCUCUCAAACCUCAGAUGGAUGGAAUCUGCAGUCGCACUCUGUGAUGCCUCUUGGAGCAAACCCUUUGCAGCCCAUUCGCUGCUGCCUCGCAAAAGGUGCUCGUCUGUGGGUUGGAUACUGGAACAAAGUCCAUAUUGUAGACACUGACAACAAGAAAGUAGAGCAAGUAUUGUCCGUGUCGGAGCGCAGUGAACAACAGGUCCGUUUCCUGUGUGCUGGGGGAAGUGGGGUUUGGACAUCCUGCAGACUUGACCCAAUCAUCAGGCUGUUUGACUGGUCCACAGGGCGGCCACUUCAAGAGGUCGACUUCACAUCUUUCGUCACUAAAACAUUAGGUCAGGCUUACUUGACGCUCUCACCCCUCCAGAUCUCCUCCCUCUCCAUCAUCUCUGGCCGUAUGUGGGUGGGCACGGGUGGGGGUGCCAUUUUCUCCAUCCCCCUGUCAAUAACAUCAGAAGAUAUUUCCAUCCCAUACUGCUCCUCUGCUGCAGUCCAGCUGUCGUACCAUGGACACAGACAAGCAGUGCGAUUCAUCAUUGCUGCACCUGGCUGUUUGAUCACCUCUCCUGGGAGCAGCCAUGUAACUACAGCUCAGCUCAUCCUCAGUGGAGGAGAGGGCUACAUUAACUUUCGAAUAGGAGACGAUGCAAGUGAGGAAUUGAUGGAGGUGUCUCAGGCAACGCCCCAGCGGUCUGAACGCAGUCACAUGAUCAUCUGGCAGAUUCCCUGUCCCUCUGUGCCCAGCCCUGCACUCUGACUGUUCCUCUUGUAAAUCGGCGCUUGUUGGAUGAGGUGAAACAAACAUUUACAGCACCAGAAGGGAAAAUGGUGGACUGCAAUGAACAAAAAAAUCUAUAUAUAUUGCCUUCAUCUGAUAUUUUUAAACCCAAGCCUUAUUUUUUUUAAAAAUCUUUUGAUGGACUUUUGCACAAACAAUUCAGGUUCACUGUCAGGUUUACUGACAUUGAGAUCUCCAGUAGAUCUUUCUGUUUCUUCCUCAGAGAACAAUCCUCCAUUGUUGGAUCAUAAAGCUGAACUUUAAUGGUAUACUGGAAACUGUGGAAACUGGUCUAUUUCUUCUUUAAGCAGAAAGACAAUCACUUAAUAAUCUUUGGAUGCUGUAUUAAAACUGGGGUGUGUGUGUGUGUGUGUGUGUGUGUGUGUGUGUGUGUGUGUGUGUGUGUGUGUGUGUGUGUGUGUGUGUGUGUGUGUGUGUGUGUGUGUGUGUGUGUGUGUGUGUGUGUGUGUGUGUGUGUGUGUGUGUGUGUGUGUGUGUGUGUGUGUGUGUGUGUGUGUGUGUUCCAAGUGGAGUAAUUGCAACAACUUGCACAUUUUAAAUGUGUCUGUGUAAAAUGUCCUCUUGAGUCUCUUUAAGAAAUAAUUUAUUUUCUCACUUGUUUGCCUAAUGAAUCAAAGUGUUUCUUGUCUAAAUUUGAUUUCUGAGUAUUUGUAAAAUAAGGGAGAGAUGUUCUUUAACAUUUCCUCAACAGUAUUCAUGUGGCAUUUGAGUAAACAUGCUGUUGUCACAGAAGCCUCGUCAUUUUCUUGGGAAGAUUAAACCCAUUGCAAACUAUUGUCAUUAAAAUGCUCUCUGUAAAUGCAGUUUUGGUCAUGUUGAAUACUUAUCCUGUGGUAUUGUGUAAAAGUAAAUAUGUUUAAAAAGCUAAAUCAGGUAAAGUAAAACUCAUAGAUGCAAACAAUGACAUUUCAAGCCUUUAUUUCUGAUUAUGACUCACAGCUCAUGUAAACUGCAAUAUUACAUAAGAUCAAUAAAAAAUGUUGUUUUUUUAAAUCUAAAUAAAAUAAAAAUGUUAUGGCCUGCAAAAUGA